GGGAGGAAUGGCGCUGGGCGCGUGAUUUUGAACAAACGCUCCGCGUCCCGGUGACCAGAGCUGAGCGAGGGCGUCGGGGGACGGUGCCGCCUCACCGCCGGGCCCGGGGCCCGCCACCCGCAACACCGUCACCGCCCUCCGCCCGCCCGCCCUGCAACGGCCCUACUGCGAUUGCCGAUCCCAAUAAUUGUUGCGUACUGAAGAAAUGUCAGUGUGGAAAAAUUGGAUAAUAUCAACAUGUAACCACAGAAGAUAUUUUGGAGCUGAUUACUUAGUCCUUGCAAAGUAUCUACAAUAUUAAGAUGGAGGUGGUAUCGGCUGAAGUGAUUAGCCUGCUUCCUGAGGAGAUAAUGGACACAACCGUCGUCGAAGAAGACAGUAUUGAGGCUGUCACAAUAACAUCCGAGCAUGAGGAUUUGGUUCCCAUGGAAACUGAACUGGAGGAAAUUGUACAUCCAGAUGAAGGCAAGAACUCCCAGGUUCUGUCAAACCUUGCAGACCAUGUUACUGUGUUGACAAAUAGUAGUACUCCACUUAUUUUAAGUGACCCAUUGGUAAAAAUGGAAGUAAAUCCUGACAGUGCAUCACAGUCCACAAGUAAUGUCAGCCACCCAAGUACAACUGCUGGAACUACAGCAGAAAAUCAGGUCGUCCUUAAUCCAGUAUCUGAAGCCUCUGAUCACCCCACUUCAAGCCAGGCUGUUAAAUCGGAGCCAGUAGGACAACAGUUUGUAGUGACUACACUAGGAAAGCCCCGACAGUCCAUCGUACUUUCAUUGCCACCAAGUCAAUCAACCCACCUUCAAGUCCCAUCACAGUUUCAAGCCGUGGAUCCACAGGUGCAGAAACAAAUCAAGAUGGUUACUCUUGGUGAAAGGUUUGAUGGAAAGACUGGAGUCGGAGCAUCAAAUUCUUUAGCUCCUGGGAACUCGUUGUUAAAUGCAUCAAUUCAGCCGACACAUAAUCAGUUGAAAACAUUACAGAUUGCCAAGAAAUGCACAUCCACUUCUGCUGCAGCACCAAUGAUCACAAAAGUCAUCAUUGCCAAACCCAUCCACAACAAGAACAUUAUAACAGGCAGAGUUCUUCCUCAGAAUGCAAUUGGAACUGCCCCAAAUACCAUUACCAUUUCUGAAGGUGGUGUUACUGGAGCCAGUCUCAAUUCCACAGCACAACAGACAGCCAACAAGAUAGCCAUCUCUCCACUGAAGUCUCCGAAUAAGACAGUGAAACCUGCUGUCCAGACACUAACUAUGGGAACAAUGAACACCACCCAGUUCAAAACCAUCAUUCCUUUAGCAACACCACCCAAUGUUCAGCCGAUUCAAGUACCAGGCAGCAAGUUUCAUUACGUACGCCUAGUUACUGCAACAACAGCCAGUGGCUCCUCCCAGGCGGUCAGCUCCAGUUCCAGCACCAACGCACAGCCCUUAUCACAAGCUAAGACUGUUGUACUGAAUCCACAAGUUCGCAUGUCUGUUCCAAUUGCACCAGCACAGAAUAUAAAAAAUGUAGUUCCCAAACCAAUUGCCGGCACUACACAAAUGGUUACCACCAGCCAGCCCCAACAGAGACUCAUUAUGCCUGCAACCGCAUUACCACAGAUCCAACCCAAUUUAACAAACCUCCCACCAGGCACUGUUUUGGCACCAGCCCCUGGAGCUGGCAGCAUGGGAUAUGCAGUAGUCCCAGCUCAGUACGUUACACAGUUACAACAGACCUCCUAUGUUUCAAUAUCAAGUAACAAUGGAUUUUCUGGAACAUCCAACAUCCAGACUCAAGCGAAACUGCCAAUCAAUGGAUCAACCACGUCAGAAUCAGGAUCACGGCCUAGGAAACCUUGUAAUUGUACCAAGUCUCAGUGCCUCAAACUAUACUGUGAUUGCUUUGCAAAUGGAGAAUUUUGCAAUAGUUGCAAUUGUACCAACUGUUUUAACAAUCUGGAUCAUGAAGCUGAGCGGCUAAAAGCAAUAAAGGCAUGUCUUGACAGAAAUCCAGAAGCAUUUAAGCCGAAGAUAGGAAAAGGCAAAGAAGGCGAAUCUGAUAGACGACAUAGUAAAGGAUGUAACUGCAAGAGGUCAGGAUGUUUGAAAAAUUAUUGUGAAUGCUAUGAGGCAAAGAUCAUGUGUUCAUCAAUAUGUAAGUGUAUUGGCUGUAAAAACUUUGAAGAGAGCCCCGAGCGGAAAACGCUAAUGCAUUUGGCAGAUGCUGCAGAGGUUCGUGUACAGCAACAGACUGCUGCGAAGACCAAGCUUUCAUCACAGAUUUCUGACCUACUCACCAGAACGACACCAGCUGUUACAAGUGGUGGAGGAAAGUUGCCUUUCACAUUUGUUACAAAAGAAGUGGCAGAAGCAACUUGUGAGUGUCUUCUUGCACAAGCUGAGGAAGGAGAGAAGAAUAGCCAAACAAAAGCUGUCACUGAACGAAUGAUUCUGGAAGAAUUUGGUCGUUGCUUAAUGCAGAUUAUAAACUCAGCGGGCAAAGCCAAAGGAGAUGCUUGUGCUCUGAGUUGCUGAUCCAUUUGCGCUCCACCACAGGAACUGAACAGGAAGAAUCACUUGAGAAGAUUCUGCUAAGAUUUUAAAUCAAAAGUGCUUGACAGUUUUGAGCUUGCCAUGUUUUACAGCUGUACGGUUAGCAAAGGCUUUCAAUAAGUCAGAUUAUUUCUUCUUGGCAGAUUUUCUGCUUUUUGUCUGACUACGGUGCCUUUUUUAAAUUUAAAAUGCUUAGGAUACAAAGUAGAUUUUAUGAUGUAAAUCAGUGUGAAUAUGCAAAACUCUUAUGAAGGAGGCACUAUUUUGAUGCUUUUGGUGACAUUUUACAUAUUUUGCAUCCCUCUAUGCAAGGCUGCUUUCUUUGUUGAUCUUCUGUCACCCAAAAUGUUAUGGUUUCUUUGAAUAUUCUAUUCUUCCAUCCCCUAGAAUAACUAUCUUUUAACGUGAGGUACAAACUGUCUUUGGAUUUGACAAUGGAAGAUCUGAAUACUGUACCUGCUGUUAAACAACCUCUCAGAAAUGACUUUCAACAAACUCUACAAGGAUCAAGUUUUUGAUGCAAGGACUCUGUUUUAAAAAAUAUUUUGGGACCUGAGGCUGGAAAUUAGAUUUUAAAUGGCUGAAAAGCUUAGCAUUAUGUGUGAUCUUUUUUGACAACGUAAGUGUGUACACCCCUCCUUUUGGGUUACACCGUCAAUGAUCAAGUUACUUGGUCCAGAGCACAUUGAAAAUAUGUUAACCUACAAUUACCAUUUGCUAGCAAUUGCUUGACUUCAGUGGUGCUUUAUCACACUCAUGAUAAAUUCAAAAGUGCGCCUUUUGGAACUCAUCUCUGUAGGGACUAUUGGUUAUCGGUUCUCUUGAUAGUUGACCAUUUGAAACUUUUGCUGGUGAGUAACUACACCUCAAUGCUGCCAAUGGACAAGACUGCAGGGUGGCACAAUAUAGUGUGGAGUGAGGGAUUUUCUGCUCCUCCCACUUAAGUUGCCUGCCUUGGGCAUCUUUGCCAUGACAAGCUCCCAUGCAGAAGCACAGCUGAUGUCCUGCCAAAAGGGUGAAUCAGAGUAAUGAGGCAUUCCUGGUCUAAUUCAAUAAUAUUGGCUGUGGUGUUUAAGCAACCCCUUAACUAUGAAUGGAUAUCAUAAAAGGGAGAAACAAAUGCAGUGGUAAUCUGUUUUAUGUUUCAUGUCUUGAGAGGUACUGUUUGUCAAAUGUAGGUUAUCCAACGUGGGAAAAAGAACACUUUUUUUGUUAGGUAAGUAUUUUAUUUUCCAUAAAAGCAUAUUUGCACGUCCUUUUUGUGUUGAGAAUUCUACAACCAUUUUGAAGGUUGGUAACUCGGAAUAGGAAAUCUAAAAGUGACAUUGUUAAUCUGAACAUAUCCAUUUACUGUGACAGUGCAAUAUGCAAAAAUUCAAGACACCUUGUUUUAAUCUUAACCUCUAAAUGUAGGCAAACUGAGUAUUGCCUUUUCUCAAUUUGACCAUUGACGCUCACCCAUAUUCCAGUUUCUUUCAAAACAAAAUAAAGUGCUUUCUAAAGUAUUGCUACAUGAUUUCUUUGUGAUAUGCAGCUAUAGAAAGACCUAUUGGAAAUGUUGCCUGUUUAAUAUCAAGAUUAAGCAGUCAGCUUAAUAAAAUCAGUGUUCUCAGUGUCAUAAUCUUCACAAAAGCUUGUUAAUUACUGCUAUUUUCAUAUAACAAGGUCUGUUAACAUGACAGAAAAAUGUUUUUAAAAAUGUAUUUUUACAGAAUGUUAGAACAGGGUAUUUGAUGCUAAUUAAAAAUCCAUACUUGCCUUAGAUUAAUUAUUAUGACUUGAGCGAUGGUGUAUAAAAUGUCUUUUAGUAGACAACUUGCUUCUCAAGCUUCUACUUUAUCAGGUUUUAAGUGGGGAUGUGCAGAGUCUUUCUCUGCUGUACCAGUGAUUGGAGUGCUCUACUAAUUUUGUAUAUACUGUUAAUUUAGUCACUGCAGCUGUAUUAUGUCUAUUUAAAUAUUGAACAUAAAAAGAUGUGGGCUAGCCAAAUGGCAUUUGGAGUAAGUAUGUAGAUCGUGAAAAUUGUGUGGCUGUUUCUAUGGUGCUUUGUUGGCAUUAAUUUGAAGCAGGUUUCAUGCCUUCCUGAUUUUUUUUCUUUGUAUUUUUCUGUGCAUUUUCCUCUGAUUUAUCUGUAUUUCUCCAUUUUUCAUGUAGUACUUAUUUUUCCUACCCCAAUCAAAUACAAUGCAAUAAGUUUUACGUAAUAUUAAAUGGAUUAAUUGCCUGCUGUGUCACAUCUGAAAAUAGGAGUAUGCUUUAUUUUCGUUACUUUCACUUCACUUUGUUUAAUUAUAUCCAGAUAAAUAGAUUUUAUAAUGAAAACUUUGAAGUUAUAGUGCAAAACUUCAGGUAAUGCUUCUAGUUGUGAUUUUUUUUAAAUUGCCUAUUUAAAUGACACUGCAACUUGAUAGAUCAGAGAACAAAUAAUAAAAACAGAAAACAUAGGACAUGUUCAGUAGGUUAGGCCGCAUCUGUGGAGAAAGAGCUGACGAUUCAGAUCAAUGAUUUUUCAUCAGGAUGGUAAUGAAGAAAGAUCAUCGGCCAAAAACAUUAACUCUGUUUCUCCCUUUUAUAGAUGUUACCUGACCUACCAAGUAAUUCCAGUAUUUUCUGUUUUCUGUAUCAGAUUUCCAGCACCUGCAGUUUUUUUUUUGCUUUUCGGUGAACAUUGGUGCUUGAAUAGAUAAUGCACUCCAUUGUCAUGUUUAAAUAUUUCACAUGCAGGAUUUAGGAUGACCAUGUAACAUUGAGAAGCUGUGCAUGUUCUUUGUACUGUUUGUAGAGAUCCUAGUAAGUAAGAACUACUCACACAUAAUUAUGCUGCAAUUUUUUUUGCAACUUUGCCAUAAGUUGUGACAAUAUCAAAGGAGAUUUCAAAAUUGCUGUCAAUUUUACAGCUUGAUGAAUCCCAUGUAGACAGAUUGGAAAGCGCAUUUAAACACAAUAGUUAACUCUAUUUUUUCUUAAUGUGUCACCUCGCUGAUCAACUUUGUACUGAUGAGUCGUGACAUCCUUUAUCUAUGUUGGCAUUGAUUUCAAGGGGUUGGAGAAUUAACCCAAGAUGAUUGCAGUUUUGGAAUUUAAUUUUAAAAUGUAUAUGCUGGGUGAUAACAUGAUACAAUUUAAGGAAAUAUUCUUGCAGAGACCAGGCUAAUUAUAUUUUUUUUAAGUGGUGUUGGAAGGUUGCUAUGCAUUGGGGUUAUUAAUGUUUGGUACUCAAGUCGUCUGGUGUGGAUCCUUUAUUCUCUAAUCUGAAUUUCAAUUGUUCAACUGCAUUGCUGCGGAGAAGAACUGAGAAGAGCCUAAUGAAAUCCAUAACUCAUCUUCCUACUGUUCUUGUCCACCUCCUAGCAACGGGUUGUAUGGCAUUGGAUAACACUCAUAAGCAGGUGACCCUCAACCUUCACACUUGCUGUUUGUGUGCAAUCUCGUAAGAAAUUCUCACCUUCCUAAAAGUAAAAUUGGAUAAGAUGUUGUUGUUUAGCCUGCCUUUGUUCUUGGAUUUUCUCUUUCAGAUCCCUGUACCAUUUCCCACCCAAAGGAGCAAGAAAAUGGCUGGAGAUGCAAGUUAUGAGGUUUGGUUUCAGUGGGUUUCUCCAACUAAUGUUUCUCCAUUAAAUCACAAAACAAACAGAUGGGUUUCAACCCUCGCCCUACUUCUCUGGAAUUGUGUUUUGUACUUGUUAACUUUUCUGUCAUUAAAAUUUUAACCAUGAUGCCAGACCAUAUUGUUUUUCAGCAUGUGACAUAACAUGCAAUCCUGUUGCUUUCUUGCCCUUUCUUAUCCUGGCUUUGCUAGUGUGACUCUUAUCAGCAGCCUUAUCAAGAGUAUCUACCUAGAGCUGCUUCAGAAUACCAGUAGUAAAGGCUCAGGACCUAGAGGAUGGGCUGAAAAUCGGGUAUAUAGUCCCUAAAAUAAGACCCACUUCAACAACUGUUCAAAUGUUGCUGGUCCCAGGAUAUGUAAUGUAAUCCUUAUUGACCAUGCCAUUCUGUUGUUUUGUCUGACUUUCAUUAACUACUAGUAAGGAAAUUCAGAUCCCUUUCCCCAUCUUAACCCUUUUUCUCAUUACCACCUUCUUUGGGACAUACAAGAUUUUUACAAAUCGUGAUGACAGAUUGUUUUGGGAGAUUCAUUUUAAGAAAAAAAAAGUAUAGGUGUUGGCUAUAUAUUUGUAUAUUUAUUGGCCUAACCAGCCUGAAACCAUAGCCUUACUAGUUGCAUUGUGAAAUUGUGUGUGAGAUUUUUGAGGGGUAAAAUAUAUGUUGCUGUGUAACUAAUUGGGUGCAGCAACCAUUUUAUUCCUAAUUUUGUUCAGAAAUGUAACAGCAAUCAGUCUCAAUAUUUCAUUUUAAAGAUUGCAUUUAUAUAGCCAUGUUUUUUUUACACAAUUUGCAUUUUGGAGCACUGUUAGAAUUAGAUUAUGACCUCUCUGCAAAUUGAGGCUCUCUCUCAUAACCUGGAUUUGAAGCUUUUCUGAGAUUCAUGCUAAGCUUAGUUUGAUGAUCAUCCAGAGCGAUUUAUGAACUCAACUAGUUUUAUUAUAAAGUUCUAUCAAAACAUUUAAUACCUACUGGCACUCUGUUUGCAUUUAAUAUACUUGGUGCACAAGUAGCAGAGUACAAGCUUGCAUUGCUCUUGUAGUCAGCUGGGAAAAAAGUAUUAAAUAAUUGAUACCAGUAAUAGCAAAUAAAGAUUGGAGAUGGUAUGGUUUCAUUUGUAUUGCUUCUUGUGUGCAUUUUGAAUUAAUAACCAAGGACCUGGGAUGGCAUCAACUGAUAUCCCAUCAUUUCAUUGUUUUUGUUGCUUCUCCCAUUGCUUGUUGUGUCUAAUGUAUCUUUUAUAAAUCAUCCUUGUCUUUAAGUUUAUAUAUUCUGUGCUAUACUAAAACUGAUGUAUGCAUUUAAUUAUUGUUGAUGUCCAGAAGAAUUUCUGACUGUUGCACUGUUUCAUGAUCUUGCUAUCAAUGUCAGUCAGGUUCAGCACUUAAUUUUCUAGAGAAGUCACCUGUAACUAUUGGAGCAUGGUAUUUCUGAUUUAUCUUUAAAUGUCUGAAGGAACAAAUGAUAAAGGGAAUCUAGACGUUAAACACCAUAUACAGACUAACUGCUUUCAAGGGAUCUGCUGCAGUUUCCUUUUUUUCCCCCCUUUUUAAGUGGUGACUUGUACAGAGAAAGAGAUCAUCACUUAGAAUCCGUAUGACUUAGUGAUAACUGGCAUGUGCUUUUAAAGCAAUGCCCCCCCAAAACUGAACAAAAUGUUUAUCAAGUUACUUGAUGAUUUCCCACAAUAUUUUAAAUGGAAUUCUGACGCUGUUUGUGUUUAUUAAUUUUACUUGUAACUUUUGUUUUUAGCAUUUUUUGAGUCAUGUACUUUAAUGUGA